UCGACCUCCCGCUCGACGUGUGACAGUCGCGCGCCGCUGUUAACGCGCUUUCGUUUUCACAGUUUAGGUAGGCCUACCGUUAAAGCCACAGAAAUAUACACACAAACGAAUGUUCCGUGAUGGAGCGGGUGAACACAAUCAACAUGAAAGAUAUGACUGAGAAGAAGAGCACUGUAUUACAGAAGAAACCGAUCAAACGCCAGUACAGCGGAACAACCAGGAAGUUGGAAGACCCUCCGAAGGAGAAUAAAUCUGAAAAGAAAAAAGUAUUAAAAAUGGACAAGUGCUUCAAAAGGAGACGUAUCGAAAAUGGUAACAGCGUUCAAACACAAUUUGGAAACGUGGCACUUCAACGGCAUGACAACAUUCCACAACAUAAUAAUAAUAAUAGUUCUACAUCACUCAGACGACCAUCAAUUCAAAAUUCAGACCAGUAUCUUCAGGACUUCAGAAUUGACCAGAAGAACGGUGGAACAUUAGUUGCUCCAAACAUACUAGGAUCCAAAAUAGCUGGUGAUGUUACAGUGAACCUACAUGUGGUCUCACAGGUGUCUCACUGUACCUCAAUAAACAAAAAGGAAAUUCUUCAGAGCAUAAAGAAUAAGAUGAAAUCAAGAAUGAUGAAGGAGUCUGAGAGGAUUUUGGAGGGAAGCUUACAACAGUCAGUCUCUCUUAAUAAGAUCUACACUCAACUGUUCAUCAUCAAUGACGAGUCAGACCCCAUCAAUAAAGAACACGAGAUCUGGCAGAUUGAGAUGACGAAUGAUUUAAGCACAUCAGGGCAGACAGUCAUAAACUACAAUGAAAUUCUUAAACCGCCCUUGGAUGAAAAUAGAACCAUGAAGAUUGUUUUAACAAAAGGAAUUGCUGGGAUCGGGAAAACAGUCACUGUGCAGAAGUUUGUCCAUGACUGGGCAAGCGGAAAAGCCAAUCAGGAUCUAGAGCUUGUUUUUCUGCUCCCAUUCCGAGAGCUGAACUUGCGUGAGGGAGAAAACCAGAGUCUUUUUGACCUGCUUUGUGCCUUUUACUCAGAGUUCAAAGAGGCAAGACCAAUCUCUGACUGGAUCUGUGAUAGAAAAGUUCUGUUCAUCUUAGAUGGUUUGGAUGAAUAUAAAAAUGAACUGAGCUUUCAAACCAGCAUUUUGUCAGAUGUUACUAAAAAAGCCACACUGGAUGUCCUCCUAGCAAACCUUCUAAGAGGAAAACUGCUUCCAUCCGCACACCUGUGGAUCACCAGCCGGCCUGUGGCAGCUGAACAGCUUCCAUCUGAGAUCUUCAGACAGGGAUAUGUCACACAGAUCAGAGGAUUCAUAGAUGAACAGAAGGAUGAGUACUUCACGAGGCAGUUUGAGGAUCCAGAUCUAACCCAAAAAGUCAUCUGUCACCUGAAGUCUCAUAAGAGCCUGUGGAUAUUGUGCCACAUACCUCUCUUUUGUUGGAUUUCAUCGGUUGUUCUGAAAACCUUCAUUAAAAGUCAAAAUAAAGACAGGGACAUGCCCUCAAAUCAGACAGAAAUGUAUAUCCACUAUCUGCUCAUUCAGACUGGGUUAAGCCACAACAAAUAUCAAGGGGAAAAUGUGUCACAAGAAGAUGCUCUCUUACAGCACAAAGAACUGAUUAAGAAACUGGCAGGGUUGGCCUACUGGAAGCUGAAGGAACAGAAUGCCAUCUUCAGUAAAGAAGACUUGAGGAAAUAUUAUAUCACUCCUGAUGAAGCUCUUCGAUAUCCUGGCAUCAUUACCUGUGUCUCUGAGUGCAAAUUUGGAUAUAACAGAACUAAAUUUUUCAGCUUUGUCCAUCUCAGUGUCCAGGAAUUCUUUGCAGCCUUGUUUGUUUUUCAUGAAUUUCUAUCAGGAAACCAAGACUCCCUGGGAUUAACUAAAGCAAAAAUGGGGCAAAAGUCUAAUUUGUCGGAUUUUCUCAAAAGCGUGAUUGAUGUGGCCGUGGAAACAGAUGUAUACUCGAAGGACUCCUGCCUCGAUUGGAAGACAGUAGUUUAG